AUGAGCAACGCUGUUCUGAUAUCGGCGACCCGCUACGAAGUUGUACAAAUCAAGAGAAGCCACAAGUAUUGGGAUGACUAUCUUCGGACACGGCUCGAGGUAUACGAGGGCCAGGGCGUGACGGCAGACGAAGAGGUGGACGAGCACGACUUUGACGAUCUGUCCACUUUUCACAUGGUUUUGGUGGAAUUCGAGGGGAGCCCCGAAAAAACAGUCGAAAAAGUGAUCGGCACCGUACGGCUGCGUCCGGUUGGCAGCUAUUUGAAGUUGGAGCGGGUAGCCCUACGCGAGAAUUGGCAAGGGCGAGGCCUCGGCGAGCUGAUUGUCAUCGAAGCGCUCAAGUACUAUUUUAAGAAGUUUCCGGAAAGAAUUAUGGUCGCCCAUGCUCAAGUUCAGAAAAUGGGGUUCUACGAGCGUCUCGGCUUUUUCGCAGUCUCCCCAGUCUUCGACGAGAAAUUGCGGGCUGUGUCGAUCCCGCACCGGACGAUUGUUUUCCCCACAUUUUGCCCAGUUACAGCCAUCGACUCUGCUGGCCAUGCACCCGAAUACGAUGGUGAUUGCUAUGAUGCGGAAACGCAAGCGCAUAUUCUAUCUUUGUUGAACGAGCCCCACUUCGUCUACCCGGCUGCUUUGACUGCGCUGGUCCCCUUCGAAUGCGGUGUGCACCGGAAAUGCCUGAAAGAAGCGGCCUGGAAAUUGCAGGCGCUGAUUUUGAACAAGAUUAAAAUUUGGCCGGAAGCGAUUGGUCGACCGGAAGCUGACAAAACGAGUCCCUUGGAAGUGAAAGAAGUGCUCGAUAAAUUGGUGCAAGUGGGCAGGGAUCGACUGAAUAUUGGCAUCUACGCUGACAUCCCGGAAUGUUGGCGCACAUUUUUUACGGUGGCCAAAUUUGCGCAAGCGCUGCUGACCGUAUAUCUGCAAGGCGACGUGUCGCGUGCGCUCCGCGCUGUCGAUGAGGCACUGAUCAUGGGCAGACCGGAGAAUUUGCCGCGCGACGGGCUUUUCAUCAAGCAUUUCGCCACGGGCCUCCAAAAGGCCACCCCGACGCCGGCCAUCGAUUUUCAUGCUAUCGCUUCCCACGCGUACCCCAGUCCAACGCCCCGGAAAAUCAGGCCCCAGCCCUGGUGGGAGCUGGCGGAGUAUGAGCAUUUUGACGCCGAGCGGAUCGCCGAGAAAAUCGAGUCCGGGAUGCCGUGCGUGGUGCGCGGGUUUGCGGCGGGCUGGCCGGCCUCGGAGAAAUGGAGCCCCGAAUACUUGAGCAAUGUGGCUGGGGGCCGGACGGUGCCGGUCGAGAUUGGCAGUCGCUACGACGGCGACGACUGGAACCAGAAGCUCAUGACGAUCAACGAAUUCUUGAGGGACUUUUUGGUGAAGCAGGAUUCCGAAUCGCCCGGCUACCUGGCGCAACAUCGGCUUUUCGACCAGAUCCCUGAGCUGCUCGACGAGAUCGAGCCCCAUCAGGUUGAGCAACUCGGCGCCCAUGUUGAUUGGAAUAUGUGGUUUGGCCCGGGCGGCACCGUGUCCUCGAUGCACUUUGACCCAAGGGAGAAUUUCUUUGUGCAGAUUUACGGUUCGAAAUUCGUGCGCCUCGCCCAUCCCUCUGACAGCGAGAAGCUGUGCCCGAGGGAGGAUUUGCUGAAAAACACGAGCCAGAUCAACAUGCAAGACCCGGACGGGGACGUCGAGCGCUUCCCGAGCGUUGCCCAGGUGCAUACGGUGGAUGUGGUGUUGCACCCCGGCGACGCCCUGCUGAUCCCCAGCCAAUUUUGGCACUUUGUCAAGGCGCUGAACACGUCCAUCUCGGUGUCGGCGUGGUUUGACGCGAAA